AAAGACCACACCUUUAAGAUGUUUGUAAAUAUAUUUUUAUGUUUAUUAGUGCUACGUUCGUGUUAUCUGGUAUAUAGUGAACGAUAUUGCAGCGAUUGUCAAAUUUACUACACAUGCAAAGCAGCAGCUGAUCAUGCUCGGUUCAAGCCAGGCGACGAAACAAACAAGCUAUUUGAGAAAGCUGCGUGUGGAACAGAAACGGAAGAUGAAGACUCCGACUUUAAGGUAUGUUGCUCAGACUUUCCCAGCUUAAAUACAAGUCCACAAUCAACUCCUCCGGGAAGUAAAUUGGAAAGUAAAUAUGCAGAAUCGAAUGAAGAAAACUUUGAUUCGAUUUCGAUCGAAGAACAAUUUCCCAACAUGAUUCCGGAUAAAUGCGGCAGCAUUUUGGGAAAUCGAAUUUUUGGCGGCAGAAAAGCUAAACUAUUCGAAUUUCCAUGGAUGGUACUGAUCGCUCAUGAAACACGCGAAGGUCCCCAAUUUCAAUGUGGUGGAACUAUCAUUACCUCUAAAUAUAUUCUGACAGCGGCUCAUUGUGUCGUUGAUAAAAAAAUCGCAUCUGUCAGAAUAGGAGAGUUUGAUAUUAAUUUGGAAAAGGAUUGCGACUAUGAAAAGCACAAAACUAUCUGCAAAAAAGAAGUCCAGGAUAUGUAUGUCACAGAAAUAAUUCCACAUGAAAAUUAUCAAAGAUCACCAACCGCGAAUGACAUUGCUUUGCUGCGAGUAGAUGGCGAGAUCGUCUUUAACUACCCAAACGUGGAACCAAUCUGCCUACCACUGUCAUUUGAACUACGUAGCAAACAUCUGGAUCAUGAAUACGGCACAGUAGCUGGUUGGGGCUUCACUGAAACUGGUAGAGAAUCUGGAGUAUUGUUGAGAGUCGAAGUUCCUGUGAAAACUGACGCUGAAUGUAAAGGUUACUACAACAGAAAUACCCGGGAGAUCAUUAAUAAGCAAUUUUGCGCAGGAGAUUUCAAAAAGGACUCUUGUAAUGGUGACUCCGGAGGACCUCUAAUGAUGAAAGCUAACUACAAUGGUGUCAAUAGUUACGUCCAGUAUGGCAUCGUGUCGAAGGGUCCAAUACAAUGUGGAUCGUCGUUCCCAGGCAUUUACACGGAUGUCAGAGAAUACGUCGAUUGGAUAUUAGAUAAUAUUAAUGAAUAAUUAAAUUAUCGGAAAUGGAAUAAAUACUUAUUUAUUAAAUAGCUAAGUAUAGUACUUGUUCUGAAGUCAAACGGGAACUGUUUCAUAGUUAGUAGAGCGUUUAUGCAGCAAGGUCAUCAGGAAAUUAUAUAACCAUAUAAGUAUUUAAAAUUUUAAAUAAUAAAAAAACAAACAAAAAUAUUCAUUAAAGAUUAUUAGAAAUUAUGGUUGUUUACUUGCUGGCAUAAAUGGUCGCCUUUUCCUUGUGGUGUUAGGAGUAGACAAUAGGAAAAGUACGAGUACUGAGUAGUAUCAAGUAAAAACGACAACGUUGUUACUUGUGUAUGAAUGUUUCAUGUAAAUAUAGUAAUUAAUAAGCAAGCAAUAUUUUAAUAAAAAUAAUCAGAAAAAUAAACGCCUUAUUAAAAUAAUGAUUUUUUCCUCCUUUUCCAAAGCUCAUAGAACUGCUCUAGAUAGUAGAAGCGGUUUCGAAAUAGAAUUCCCUCGGGGAUUGAACUAUCAUAAAUAAAUUUGAUGAAAAUAUUGAUGCAUUCACAAUAAAAGCAAGACUAAUCUGAUAAAUCAUAUA